AUGUUAUCCAAUGCCAAUGAUGCAAAGUUAUAUCACCAAGUUGUCCAACCGAAAAUAAAUCGUUUUCUUGCUAACCUCACAACUAUAUUGGCAUUUUUCGGUGGUGGCUGCCCAUAUACCAAGCUUGCUCAAGAAAAGAAAGGCGUCUGUGCCACAUGCCCUCCUUUCAACAAUGGCUGCCCCUUCAAACAAUGCAAGACUGUGGGUGAGCUUCAAGACAUGAUGGGUCAGAUGCGUGACCAGUCCAAAAGUGAAGCUCAAUGGAUCGAGUUUUUGAAGGAUGUCCACUUUUUUACAAAGGAAAAACACGUAGAAUAUGGAACUGUCUCCCCUCAAAGCUCCUUCAAGGGUGGCUGCCCCUUUGCUAAAGACAUUGCAGGAAAGGAGAUUUUGAAACCUGCAUACACUGUGGUUCCAUAUUCUUUGACGGUUGAGGAGAUCGUCAAGAAAUGCCCAACUUUUGGCAAAGGUGUGUGCCCAUAUAAAUCUCUUGUUGAUGAAACGAAAGGAAUUACCGGAAACUGCCCUGGUUUCAAAGACGGAUGUCCAUUCAAGAACCUGAAAACUAUGGGUGAGUACGUGGGCAAAUUGGCCGAAAUGCGAGAUAAGACAGCCACUCCUAAGGGUCGAGCUGCAUUCGAGAAGCUGAUGAAGAGGGUUCAUGAAAUCUCCAGGGAGGCUGAGAAGAAGGCUGGACCUUGGCCAUUCCCUCCAGAUACCUGCCCAAUCUUUGCUCGUGAUGCACAUGGAAAGUGCAUCAUGCCAAAAUGCAAUUAG